GUGACGUCUCCAGGCCAUGAUAACGUCUGCUAAUUGGUACCAUCAGUGCAUGUGUGUGUGUGUGUGUGUGUGUGUGUGUGUGUGUGUGCGUGCUGCUCUGUCAUCUUUCAGAGGGCAGAACUGCAUGAGGAUCCGAGAAGGAAAACAUCUCCCACUUUGAAGCAGUGACCUCCCGCGGUGCUCGCCGAUGAUUUUCUGGUGACUAACGUGCGUAAAGACACACACUUUAUUUCCUGUGCGUGUUGUGUUGUGACGCCAUCACGUGCGACAUCUCACUCAUCUGCAAUGAGUCUUCAAAGUGGGUCAGAACCAUCUCUGCUGGUUCACUCCCAUCCUCGUGCGACGCUAGCUACUAAUGGUAGCGAUAGUGAUGCUAGUUGUUAGCCUGAGGAUGCUAGCUUGGUAUAAGUCUUAGGAUGAUGCUAGUCAGUGGUUAUCUUAAGGAUUCUAGUGACCACACAAGGAAUUAUAGGAAUUUUGCUGUAUUUGGAAAAUAUCCCGCUUGGAGUUUAAAGGUCAGGCUUCAAAGCAUUCCAGUCAAAUGUAAACCAAAAUCAUGGCUGACCACGCCGAUAAGCAAGUAUUUACUGCUAAUUCACUUGAGCAUGCUAGUUUUCAGAUUUCUUAGCCUGUAGGUUAGGCAGGCCGUGAGCCAUAAGUGGUUCACCAGCUGAUUUUGAGCAGCUCACCGAAGUGUCAACGAAUAUUGGCUUUGACUCUUCGUGUUCGAGUCAGACCACGAAGUAUCUAGCAUGAAGACAAUGGCCGCACUGUGCGAUUGGAGAUCUGCUUUGUAAAUAAAGUACGAUUUAAACACUGUCAGCUGAGAAACUGCUGAAAUUUGCAGAUGACACCACUGUCAUUGGCCUAAUCGGUGACGGUGACGAAUCUGCUCGCAGACGUGAGAACACAACAAUCUGGAACUGAAUCCCCUUAAGACUGUGGAGAUGACAGUGGACUUUUCGGGCCCAUCCUGGUUUGGCUCCACUACCAAGCUGGACAAGAGCAGACUGCAACGGACAAUCAGGUACGCAGAGCAGAGAAAACCAGCGGGACUAGCCUGCCCUCCAAAGAGAGGCAACAUCUCUGCGGGACCACUUGCACCCCGCCCAGAAACUGUACCAAUUCUCCUCUCCGAGCACUGUUUGCCAAAACAACCAGACACAAAAACAGUUUCUUCCCCCUGGCUGUUGAAUAGUUUUUAGUGUAUGGACACUUGUUUUCAACUUUCGGCAUGUUAGUUUGCAUGGUAGUUUAGUCUAAAGAUGUUACUUUUUAAGUCUAAAGUUGCCGUUUUUAGUUUGACGAUGUUAGUUUUUAGCCUAAGUGCAAAUAUUUAGACUAAAGAUGUUAGUUUUUAGUCUAUAGAUACUUUUGGCAUGCUAAUACUUGGCUUAUAUAUGCUGGUUUUUAGGCUAUAUGCUAACCUUUAGUGUAUAGCAGCUAGUUUUUUCCGAACAAAUGCAAGUUAUGCGUCAAUAGAUUCUGGUUUUUAGUCUAUAGAUACUUUUGGCAUGCUAAUACUUAGCUUGUAUAUUCCGUUUUUUAGGCUAUAUGCUAACCUUUUUUCUAUAGCAGCUAGUUUUUACCGGACAGAUGCAAGUUAUGCGUCAAUAGAUGCUGGUUUUUAGGCUAUAGAUACUUUUGGCAUGCUAAUACUUAGCUUAUAUAUUCCGUUUUUUAGGCUAUAUGCUAACCUUUUGUCUGUAGCAGCUAGUUUUUACCGGACAAAUGCAAGUUAUGCGUCAAUAGAUGCUGGUUUUUAGGCUAUAGAUACUUUUGGCAUGCUAAUACUUACAGUAGCUUAUAUAUGCUGGUUUUUAGGCUAUAUGCUAACCUUUUGUCUAUAGCAGCUAGUUUUUACCGGACAGAUGCAAGUUAUGCGUCAAUAGAUGCUGGUUUUUAGGCUAUAGAUGCUAGUUUUUAAGUCUUUACAUCCCAGUUUUCAACUUUUGGCAUGCUAGUUCUUAGUCUAUAGAUGCUAGUUUUUUUGUCUAUAGAUGCCAGUUUGAAAAAAAAAACAUUUUCCCCUGGUUUUUUGACCAAAAAAAUACAUCUAAAAAAUAGAAAUAUGUUUUUUUGGAACAUUUAUUCACAUUCUUGUACAUGAUCUUGCACGUGCAUGUGUGUGUGUGCGUGUGUGUGUGUGUUUGCUAGCUGUUCGACGGUCAUUAGCAAGACAAGGACAGCAUCAAUGCCAAAAAUCGACUUAGAAAAAAACCAAACGUUGAACAGAACAUGACAUCUUGGCGCUUCUCGUCUGUUGUGUUGUUGCACUUCCUGUGUGCUGCUGCGGACUGAAGUCAGAAUGUCAAAGUAAAUAAACUCCGGUCUACUGUAUCACAUCAUCAUCACAAGGCUAAUUAACUGUAAGAUAACACUCCCUGUUUGUGUGUGUGUGUUUGAUUGUGUGUCCAUAUGUUGAGUCAGUAAUGAGUUAAAAGCCUGAAGCAGUAACAUUGAGUGUGUGUGUGUGUGUGUGUUGUCCCACAGGCAACACAAGCUGUUACUGUGUACAAAUAACAAGGGAAGUUUGUGUUUGUACAUACACAGUACACAAACACAGCGUAAGUACAUUUACUUCUUAAACCCGGGGUGUCCAAAGUGCGGCCCGGGGGCCAUUUACGGCCCGCGGCUCCUUUUUUUUUGGGGCCCUCGGCACAUUCUAAAAAUACGAGGAAACAAUAAAAUUUAAAAAACAACAACAAAAAUGGGGGGAAAAAAUGUUGUAAUAUAAGUUAAGUAAUAUAAGAAGAAAAAAAAACAAAGGAUUAAAUGAGAAAUUUGAGGAAAGUCAGGUUGGGUAAAUGCUAUAAUGUUAUUCAAGAUUCAAGAUUCAAGAGAGUUUUAUUGUCAUGUGCAUGGUAAAACAGCAGUUAUACCAUGCAAUGAAAAUCUUAUUCUGUUCAUUCUCCCACGAAAAGAAAGAAAACACAAGAAAGAAUAAGAACAUAAGAAACAUAAAUACCAAUAAAUUAAGCAACAAAAACAGAAGAGACAUUAAUACAAAUAAAUAAUACAAAUAAAUAAAUGAAUAAAUAAAGUGCUAUGAGUGUGUGCGUGUGUUGCGUGCGGCGUGUGCGAGUGCUUCGUUGAGAAGCCUGAUGGCCUGUGGGUAAAAGCUGUUUGCCAGCCUUGUGGUCCUGGACUUCAAACUCCUGUAGCGUCUGCCUGACGGUAGGAGUGUGAAUAAUGAGUGUUGUGGAUGUGUGCUGUCCUUGAUGAGGUUGUGUGUUCUGCGUAGGACUCUAGAUUUAUAAAUGUCUUGCAGUGAGGGGAGGGCUGCCCCAACAAUGUUCUGUGAGGUCUUGAUCACCCGCUGGAGUGCCUUCCUAUCACGUGUUGUACAGUUACCGUACCAAACAGUGAUGGAGGCGGUAAGGACAAGUCAAAAUAUUAUGAGAAUAAGUCAUGUUAGUAUGAGAAGAAAAUGUACAAGUAGAACAUUAGUAUUUGUAAAAAAAAAAAAAAAAAACCAACAAAAAACAGCCAAAAAGUAAUGUAAGGAGAAACACACCAUAAUAAUCAUAAUAAUAAUAAUAAUAACAAUAAUAAUAAUAAUAAUAAUAAUAAUAAUAUGCUUUGUCACUGCUAAAAUGAAUAAAUAUAUUUUAUAUGUGUGUGUGUAUAUGUAUAUAUAUAUAUAUAUAUAUAUGUAUAUAUAUAUUAUUUGUUUAAAAAAAAAAAAGGAAUAGCGCUCCCACAUUUUUGGAUUUUUUCGUAUUCGGCCCUUAGUGGAAAUAGUUUGGACACCCCUGUCUUAAACAGUCAAUUCCAGGGUCAAGCCGUGGCCGUCAUAAAAGCGUUAUUAAGUGCACAGUCAACGUUUUAAGUCACACAUUCAUAAGUGUCAUGCACGUGUACAAACAAGUGAAGCAGUGUUCAUAGUGCCAAAUGUUAAUGUUGCUAACAAGUGAGUUAGCGUGCGGUGACGCCGGUCUUACUUCACGUAACUUCCUGUCUGUAUUCUUCUUCGCUUCACACCUUCUUCCCCCUGCCGAGGCUUCUUGCAUAAAGCCAAAGAAAAAGCGAAUGACACUAGGAGGGCACGCUGACGUCUCUCAUAAAGUUGACUCGGUCAGCGAACACGCUGCCCCCUGUUGGUGUGGAGUGUGUUGUAAUAAAGAGAAUGCAUGUGAAAUAUGUAAGCGGGGUCUCGUUGCUCUGUUUUCUGUCAAGCUAACCGGUGUUUGGACGUGUCUUAUCUGAGCUGACGUUCACCUGAAGGAACUCGGAUCGGCGUGCUGGUCUUCAUCUUCAUUCUUUGGACCCUUGAACAUACACGCUGUGCAGAGUCUGCUGGGUCUGGUCCAUGUUGGAGGGGCGGCGGGGUCUUCACAUGCUCAGUAAACACAGGAUGAUUUAUAGUCACGUACCAGGGCAGCGGUGAGGGGACGACGCAUGCUUGGCCGGCAGUGUUUACACCAGGGGUGUCUAAAAUGAGGCCCCGCAGUCAUUUUAGGCCCACUGUUUAAUUUUUAUUCGACCUCGGCAUAUAGUAAAAAUAAACUGAAAUCAUUAUUAAUUAAUGAGAUGUUAUUAGAUACGAUAUUUAUUUACAAAUGUUGUCAUCUUUUGAAGGCAUAUUGUUUAGAGAAGCCAAACUCUUUACUUAAUUGUCCCCGGCAAGUAAGUGGAACUACGUUCUUCAUUACAGAAAUCUGACCAGAACUGGACUUAGGAGACCAAGUGGGGGGGGGGUAAGUCGCUGUUUUUGGACUUCAAUGCUGAAGGGGAUGUCAUACAACUUCAUGUCAAACAGUCCGAACUAUAAGAUAAUUGGCAGGGUGAGUUUGAUCAGAGGACAAAGACGUCACUCUGUCCUCGACGCCAGCUUUGACCCACACUAGCGUCUUCCUGCACGAGUCCUUGAUGAUGACGAAGAUGUCACUUCCUGUCUGAGACAACAGCCAUUGUGCUCCACAGGAAGUCCGUUUCCCGACUUGGCCUUGCGCUACCCCCCCCGCGAGGUCGCUCAUCAAUGCAGCGUGUGGACUGCGACGCCCUGUUUUAUUUUCCUAAUGUCACACUGACGCACACACGCGCACACAGUGCCGUGUUACAUUCAUAUAUGUGCUAAUACCGCUCCUUUUAAGCUCUUUCAUGUUCUUCCUCUGGUGAAGUCCCUCAUACUUCCCAAUCCGGUUCCCUCACGGCCUCACUCAAAACAGCACGUGUGGCCCACAGGCCCUAAUUGCAUCAACCCUCCAGUGUGACAAGAACACACUUGGCAAGAUGAGCAGCAGGUGGCGCUAACCAAACCAAAGCGACCAAAUAAAACGGCUUCAAGUUUUUGUGGACAUGACACAUUAGCACCUUAAGCUAAGGAGCAGCAGUUAUUGAUGUCAACGUGCUGCAGUGGAAAUCUCCCCCGGCAGGAAACUGAUGCUUGAAAUGACCGUUACAACCAGUGUAUGUGUGUGUGUGUGUGUGUGUGUGUGUGAGGGAGGAGAAUUGGGGGUUCAUCCUGAAUUUUAUCUCUCUGCGGCUGUGGUGACCUGCUUAUCUCUGACUUCACACACACAUACACAUUGGCAGAGAGGAAAAGAUGUGGUUGUCAGUAAAAAGUGCUUUAUUAAACAAUGCAGUGAAAGAAAACACACAAAAAAAUCAACAAAAAAACAAUGUACUUGUGUAUUUUACCCAAUUUGAUGUAAAAAAAAAAUCAAUAUGAUAAAUGAUAGAAACAACUUGAUUACUUUGAAAGUUUGCUAAAUUGUGUGUGUGUGUGUGAAACUCGCCACCCGUGCCGCUCUGUGACAUCACUGCUUGGGGGGUGUGGUAGUACACAGUCAUUGUGUCUUUUAAUAAUGCUAAUAAUAAUAAUGCAAGGAACCCAAGGAAGCGGCACAUAGAUCCACUUAAAAGCAGCGCACACAUAACAACAAAUGUCCGGUGGGAGAGAGUUCCAAAGUUUGGGAGCAGAGAGGCUGGAAGCUCUGCAACCCAUGGUGCUGAGGAGAGCAGGUGGGACGGUGAGGUGGACAGACCCCAGUGAGGAUAAACGGCACAGAGGAUGGAUGGAUGGAUGUGACAGGGAGCCAACGGAGGCGCCGCGGGAUGGGGAUGAUGUGAUGGAAAGAAGGGGUUCGGGUGAUGAUGCGGCGGCUGAAUUCUGGACGAUUUGAAGCUUAUGGAGGGAUUUGUGAGGGAGGUACGGUGUAGUCCUCAGUGACCUUGAACCCAUGACACAUUGUAUGAGGAGGGGCUGACAGGGAGUCACUUGACGCCUGGUCACAUGUCGUCCCUCCUAAUGAGCGAAUGUCACACUGGGGGCCACUCUGCCUUCUCAUUGGAUGAUGACCGUCGAGUUUAGGGCAUCGAAGAUGACCGGCGUCAAAAGCAAUCCUCUAAGCAAUCCUCUAAACGCUUUCUAGUUCCGGAGAUAACAAGUUUCCAUGACAAUCAACGAGUCAAGAACACAGGAAGUGAGACAGGAUGUGAGGGGCCUGCACUUCCUGUUAUUUGUACUUACACUUAGUCUUUUGAGUGAAUACGUGGGUUCACGCUGGGAAGUACAGCAAAAUGCAGUGGACUGUGUCGGUACCAGGAUGUUAGACUAAAAAAGGCCAAAAUUGUCAGUUCACAGUGAUGGACACUUACCACCCUCAAUGGUCACCACCAUGUCUAUGCAGUGGAAGGGGGAAAAAAAAUAACUUGAGUGGAAUUCACCAUUGAAAAAGAGAGAAGACAAAGAAGCGGAUAAAUAUUUCUAUGUCAUGUCCUGUAAGUGUCCAACGACUUUGUCAAAAUUGGCGCACUCAGGAAUACACUCAAGUACACAGCGUACUUACAGAAGUGUACUGACAGAAGUAUUCCAUUUGAGACACAGCAAGGACCUAAGGAGAAUGCUGACAUCCAAUCCAGUUGAUGUUGACCCCAGGAAGUAGAACAGCUGGCAUGACUGCGGGCGUUGCCACGGCAACACAGACGCAGCACGCCUGCGGAGCAAAGCAUCUGUUGUGUCCACAGGCUAAUGGGCCGCACAUCUCCCUCCUUAAACAUCUUCUUGUUCUUCGCCAGUUGAAGAGUCUUACUAUUAUGGGAUGUAGCCUUUGGAAUGUUGAGUCAAAUAUCUUAACGUUUGGAUUCACCAUGCAUUCACGCUGUUCUUGGAAAAAGUCAAUGUGCUGAUUCACCGAGGUGAAAGGUCAGCGUGCUGUGUGUAUAAAUAGCGUCCAAUGAAUGUUGAAAAAUGUCCUUCCUGUCUACGUUUCCCAUGACAACUGUGGGAACAAGACUUUGAUUGUCACAACAAACUUUGAGAUGUGAAACUGAACUUUCCUCUAAAUAUUUGUGUUGUAGCAACUUUCUGACGCAUAAGCAAUGUUUUUUUGUUUUUUUACAAAGGAGAACUUUUUCAAAUUAGUUUCAGCUAAACUGCUGAAUCAUAUUUCCAACACAACACACUGCUUUACUCAUGCACAGAGGUGGACGCAGCAGAAUGAAACCGUUGUCUCAUCUGCAGCUGCCUGCACUUUCCCACUCAUGCAGGUCAAAGGUCACAUCCUCUACUGUAACUCCUGAGGCCACUAGAGGGCAAUCUCUGAAGGUGUCACCAAUAUUUACCUUUCAACCAAGCAACAAUCCCACGUGGAUGAGGAGUAUGUUGUUCCUGUCCAGGCUUCCUAUGUUGCAUACUAAUAGACCUACAGUGCCCUCUGGUGGCUACUCAGAGAACACUCCCACUUCGUCGUGUAGAAACUUUAUUGAAACAAGACACAUUAAAAAUCACAUUAUAAAAGAAGAGAAUCCUCCUCACACACACACAGCAUUCAUCCAUCCAAUCAGCAUCAGGUAUCCAGUGAUGUCACCAACCAAACAUGUACUCCAUAGCCUUGGAAACAAAGCUGUCAUCCUUCCUGGGGGUCUGUCUGUCCGCCACCACCUAAACACACGCACUGACGUUCAAAUCCAAAUGAUCUUCUAACAGGGCAUGUCCGAUAUGUCAUAUCAAGGGGUCAGAGGUCACCUGGUAGUCACUGCCCGAGUUCCUGUAGGUGGCGCUGAGCGGCCUGAUGGCGGAGCGGGGGGUAGACGGGAGGGCGGAGCUGGGGAGAGGAGAGGCGGCGAACUCGCUGUUGUCCAUCACACUCUAACAACAGAAACAUUUCUUUUAAGACUGAGGUCAAAGGCCACAGUUGGUUAGCUAGUGGGGUCACACACACCUUGUCGAUGCAGGGUUUGACUCCCACCAUGAUUGCAUCUCCAAACACUUUGCCAUCCUUGGACAGAGCUUUCCUGGCCUGCAGUCUGGACUGAUACUGAAGAUGCAUCCAGUUGCCAGGAGACGCCAUCUGCACAAAAUGAUGUGCCACGAACAAGCAGAUGUAAUCUGUGCCAAGGUCAUAUUGUGGCCAUCGUAAAACCUUUUUUAAGUGUACAGGCAAUGUUUUAAAGGAAGACUGAAUUUUGCCCAUCACCCUUAUGUGAAACAUGAACACGCAUCAUUCCCUUUUCUGUACAUUCUAAAGAGAGAAAAACAGCCAGCAUGAGGGAGCUAACAAUGCACGUACACUAGGUCCCCAACUUACGAACACCCGACGAGCGAACACUCGCCGAUACGAACACAAGUCGACUGGUUUAUAUUUUAUUUUAUUUGCCUUGUAGUGCUUAGGCUGCUCAAUCAGUACAGUGUAUUUAAACUGCUACUGUACAUGCUUGACCAGUAGAGGGCACUGUGACACUGCUAAUGGGACCAACAGACGCUGGCGAGCUUCCGGUAAAUGUAAAGCUAAGUUUCAGCUUUAUGAUACAACCGGGACAGAGCAUGUGAUUAAAGUUUAUGAAGAGUUAAUAGGCCUGCUUAAUUCUACACCACCCACAGAACACUACCUCUUUUAGAAGAGUCUAAUGAAGACGACGAUUUGUCCUUUUUUUCCCCAAUAUCUCCUCCUCCAACUCCACCACAACGAUGUAUGCUCGACGACUCCUCUUCAAAGGUAAAUAACAUUCAUCAUUACGUAUUAUAUCAUUUUUAUUAUUGUUUUUUUCAUUAAUUAUCCUCGUUUAAUAUCACUACUGCAUCCAAACUCAUAAUUACAUACAGUACAUACGCAUAUACUGUAUAUGUAUACACGUACAUGUAGUACCUAUAUUAUUGGUAAUAUUAAUUUUGUUUCGACUUAAGAACGUUCGUCUGGAACCAACUGUGUUCGUUAGUUGGGGACUUAGUGUAAUGGGACACACCUAUUUCGACUAUAAAGCCCUCUAAAAAAUCUCCAACGCUUUAUCGACUUGCUGCAUGGUCACAGCAUGUGACUUGUGUGUAUUGAUUUCACAGAGCCAGCGACAACAUCAGUAAAUAACCAUGGCAGACUUUGUGAGAGCCAUGGCUGACUACUUUUGGACAAAUGAGGAUCCAGAACCUUAAUCUUAUUUUAGUCUGACUAUAGGGAGGAUGUGCGACAGGUUUUAGAAGCCCGAGAGAGUCACAACCGGUGUGACUUGGUGGUGUAAAUGUGGAGCUUGCCAAGCCAAUGCCAACAGAAAUCUGUGUCUACUGCACUUCAAGGCACACAGUGUUCUUUGGAUGUUGUUGUGGGGUCUUUUGUGACCUCUUGGAUGAGUCGUCCCUGCGCUCUUGUGGUAAUUUUGGUUGGCCGGCCACUCCUGGGAAGGUUCACCACUGUUUCAUGUUUUCACCAUUUGUGGAUAAUAGCUCUCAAGCUCUCACUGUGGCUCGCUGGAGUCCCAAAGCUUCAGAAGUGGCUUUAUAACCUUUUCUUGACUGAAAGAUCUCAAUUAAUCUCAGUUGAAUUAUAUUUUAAAGGGAGGGAAAAUCACUUUUUCCUCACAGGACAAUGUAGGUUUGGAUUUUUUUUUUUCUCCCUAAUAAUAAAAUGUUUCAUUUAAAAACUGCAUUUUGUGUUCAGUUGUUUUAUCACAGACUAAUGUUUAAAUUAGUUUGAUGAUCUGAAACAUUUAAGUGUGACAAAAAAAAAAAAAAGACAAAUCAGGAAGGGGGCAAACACUUUCACACCACUAUAUACAGUACAUGUAUGCAUGCAAGGAGGAUCUGGUUACCAAUCACGUAUUCUACAUGUGUUAAUGAAAUACACACCACUGCACAUCUGUGGUGAAACGUCAAGACUUUGGAUGUGAGAGUACAUAAUGUGAUGUUGUUCUAGCAGGACUCUAGCAAGACUUUCAUGCAGCGGGCUCCAAGUGAGAGUGUCGUGAGCCUCGAAAACUCACCAUACUCCGUAAAUGUUUGUUCUUCAAAUGCCAUAUUAAAUUAAAGCUUUUUAAUGUUCUACCACAGCAAAGUAUUUUUCGUGGCAUGUUUUGCAGGGUGCAAAUUGAUAUCACUCUCACAAACGACAGGUCAGUCCCAAUCGGCAGACAUGAUUGUUAUGGGUUUGGCACGCCUGCGCAGUGUGAAGGGAAGGAAAGUGGGCAGGAGACGCUCGCUACAGGCUGCAUGCUUCAAUAGUACGAGCCAGAGGUGAUCGGCUUUUGUGAUUGGCGCUGAAAGGGAUUUAUCGGCAUAUGCCGAUUACGUGCUUUUUCCCAGAAAUCGGCCGAUUCAGAGCAUCCCUAAUGAUAAGCAAUAAGAAGACAUAAUAACUCGCCGUUAGCAUUGGGAAAGUUCCCUGUUGUUGUAGUAUCUCGAACGUAAUGUGAGUCGAUCGCAUGGUAUUAAAAAAACAAUCGACAUCAGUCAUCACCCAUCCUCACUAUAACAUUUGUCACUUGAUAUCCGGGGGAGCCAGUCUGACAUGAAUCUGGUAUACAUUGAACAGUGCUAGAUUUUGUUUACACCACGUUGUGCAACUCCUAUGCGCAGGCCACGAGUUCUCUGGAGUGACACGAGACGGCCGCCGCUUUAAACAUAAGAAUCUACCAAGCUAAUCACUUAGCCUCCAAUUUAUUCUAAACUUAAGAAUGGGUUUGAAACAGAGUGGGAAAGAAGGGCAUCGUAAGAAGCCAAAAACGUUCACUUCCACACGCAAUGGGAGAAGAACUUUUUUUCCCCCCCACUAUGUCAUAUUGGACUCCAUCCAUGGCUGCAAGUUAAGGUAAUAUAAUGGAAAGCAAUGUCUCAUCAAUGUAACAUUACUGACACCUAGUGACCAGAAUACUACAUAUGAAAUGCCUUUCAAUAUAUAUAUAUAUUUUUUACUAAUAGGCCAUAGUAACCAUGAAACAGCGAUCAUUUAUUAAUUCAUUUUUUUUAAAAAGCGAGAGUGUGAGGGAGCGCUGUAGCGAGGGACGACUGUAAUAUAUAUUUCCUUUUUUACUUUUAUUUUAUUAGAUUUAAUUUGAAUUUCUUCUUAUGUACCUCAUCAAUGAAUGAUUAAACCUUUUAUGUAUAUUAUGUAUACACAGUAUUAUACUGCAUGUAUAGAAUUUAGGAACACUCUUUAAACAUGACUCUGACCAUAAACGUGACCCCCUUUAAACUGUUUCUUUUUCAUACUUGUUUUUUUUUUGCAGCCAGAGGCCAUGUCCACUGUUGAUCUAGCUCUGCGUGUGUCUCACCGUGUGUUUGAGGAUGUUUCCAUACUGAGCAAACUGCAAGAGAAUGUAGGAGGCGGAGGCUGGAGGAAAUCUGAAUGGACAAAAACAAACAUGAGUAAACUCCACUGAAGAGCAGAAUUAGCAGUAAAGUAAAGUAGAAAAAACUAAACAAACAUACCCAAAGACAGUGACCCAGGUCUGGUCCAGCUGGUCUUCAGAAGACAGAGACUCUCCCUGACUGUAGAAAGGGUCCACCUGUGCUGGAGACAUGCACACCGGCUGCACACCUGGACACGUGACAUGGUCAUGUGGCAUGACAACAAUCUAGACUCAUGGCGGUGGGUAGUCGAAGUCUCAAAUGGAAUACUUCUGUCUGUACACUUGAAUAAGUAUACUCAAAGCACUUAUGCACUCAAAAUGCUAAGUACGGAAGUGGGCCAAUUGAGACACAGUGCUAGUGUGCGUGUACCUGGUGUGGACGCCUGCCGUGCUGACGCCGGAGACUGCAUGAUGGAAAAAGACUGCACACCCGUACAGUUAGUAAAUAUUAGUCAACCUCAGUAGUUAAUGAGAUGUCGCUUCAUUACCAACCUGCCUGUGUGUGCUCAGAGGUGUCCCCACACUACCAACGUGCCUGUGUGCGCUCAGAGGCGUCCCCAGGGUAACCAGCUCAUCGUGGAUGCUGCGAACAGGCGGGGCUCCACUCUUGUCCUUUGGGUUUGGUUCUAGUGGAUGCAAUGGAAGGACCAGUGAUGUGGCGCAGGCAUGUGUCCCAGUUUCAGAGUCCUCGUCCCAUCCGGAUCAUUCUGUUGCUGCUACUCCUUGUCACCCUGCUGGGGGUCGUUUGUGCAUCCAGUCAAGAUUACUACGACCUGUUGGGGGUCAGCAGGGAAGCCACCACCAGGGAGAUCCGACAGGCCUUUAAGAAACUAGCACUCACCAUGCACCCUGACAAGAACCCAGGGGACACGUCGGCCCACGAGAAGUUUCUGCAGGUGAACCGAGCUUACGAGGUUCUGAAGGAUGAGGACCUACGAAAGAAAUAUGAUAAAUACGGAGAGAAGGGAUUGGACGAGCAGCAGGGAGGACGCUACGAGAGCUGGAACUACUACCGCUAUGACUUUGGAAUCUAUGAUGAUGACUUGGAGAUCAUCACCCUGGACAGCGGAGACUUUGAGGCUGCUGUGAACUCAGGAGAGAUCUGGUUCAUCAACUUUUAUUUCCCGCGGUGUUCACAUUGUCACCAGCUUGCUCCAACGUGGAGAGAGUUUGCCAAGGAGAUGGAUGGCGUGAUCAGGAUAGGGGCGGUGAACUGUGGUGACAACAACCACCUGUGUAGAAGGAAAGGCAUCAGCAGCUACCCCAGUCUCUAUAUAUUCAGAGCAGGACAGAAACCUGAGAAGUUCAGUGGCGAGCGUGCGAGAGACAACCUGGUGAGCUUCUGCAUGCAGUUCAUCAAGACCAGCGUCACUCAGCUGUGGCAAGGUAACGUGUUCAGCGAGAUCGAGAGCUCCUUUGCAGCAGGGCUGGGCUGGCUCAUCACCUUCUGCUCGGACACAGGAGAUUGCCUGGAACCAAGAACCAGACAGAAACUGGCCUCUAUGUUGGAAGGUCUGGUGAAGGUGGGAUGGAUGGACUGCAGCACACAAGAACAACUCUGUGAGAGUUUCCAGGUAACCAGUGGAGCCACUGCUUUAUUCCCACCAGGAAGUGCUCUGAAUCAGCAAGGAAGCAUCCUGUGGCUCAGCAGUCUGGACAGCAGAGAGAUUUACGUUCAGGUCAUUAAUCAUCUUCCUGACCUGGAACUGCUCACCGCUGACACCUUCCAUAGAAAGCUGGCCCGUCAUCGCUGGUUGGUCAGUUUCACAUUUGGAGACAGAAGCCUUGCCUCCAAUGAGUACAAGAAGCUCCAGGCCUUCCUCCGCAAUGACCACAUACAGGUGGGCAGAGUGGACUGCAUUGCUGACUCACAGCUGUGUCAGUCUCUCUACAUCUAUAAAGCCUGCGUGGCUGUCUUCAAAGGCCUGGGAAUCCAUGACUUUGAGAUCCACCACGGCAAGGAUGUGCUCUACAACAUUGUAGCUUUUGCCCGGGACAGCGUCCGCGCUCAUGUGACCACUCUGAGGCCAGACAACUUCCCCUCGGACCAGAAAGAGCCCUGGCUGGUUGACUUCUUUGCUCCUUGGUGUCCUCCGUGUCGAGCUCUGCUUCCAGAGUUGAGGAAAGCCUCUAUUCACCUGGCCGGACAGAUGAAGUUUGGUACUUUGGACUGUACCAUCCACCGGGACCUCUGCUCCAUGUAUAACAUACAGGCUUAUCCCACCACUGUCAUUUUCAAUGGAUCUUUUGUUCAUGAAUAUGAAGGACAACACUCUGCUGAUGGCAUCCUGGAAUUCAUACAGGACCUGGUCAACCCAUCUGUGGUGGUUCUAGAUCCCUCGAGCUUCUCUGACAAAGUGCAAGGUCGAAAAGAAGGGCAGAUCUGGGCAGUGGAUUUCUAUGCUCCAUGGUGUGGUCCCUGUCAGGCUCUGCUGCCAGAGUGGAGGCGCAUGGCGCGGAUGUUGAUGGGUCAGGUUCUGGUCGGCUCUGUGGACUGUCAGCGCUAUCAGUCGUUCUGCCAGAGUCAUCACGUGCGAGCGUAUCCUGAAAUUCGUUUGUACUCAGGAAGCACCAAGAAACCGGGUCUCCACACCAGUUACAACGGCUGGCACAGAGACGCACAUUCAUUGAGAUCGUGGGCCCUCAGUGCGCUACCCAGAGGAUCUGUGGAUCUGACUCCAGACUCCUUCAGGUCUCUGGUUUUGGCAGGUCAGGACCACUGGGUUUUGGAUUUUUACGCCCCGUGGUGUGGACCCUGCCAGCACUUCGCCCCCGAGUUUGAGGUUCUGGCUCGGGUCCUGAAAGGGGAGGUCCGAGCUGGCAAGAUUGACUGUCAGGCUCACUAUCAGACCUGUCAAUCAGCUGGAAUCAGCGCCUACCCCACGGUCCGCUUCUACCCAUACCAGCACGCCAAAAGGAAUGCACAAAGUGGAGAGGGCAUCAAUAGUCGGGACGCUAACAUGAUCGCAGACACCAUCAGGCAGCGGCUGCAGCAGUUGUCAUUACGGUUACACAACAAAAUGAAGGAUGAACUUUGAGGAGGCAUGGCCAACUCGGGCAGGGAUAGUGCCGCAGAAAGGAGACAGGUUUGGACCUGCCAACACUCCAAGACAGACGCAGCAAUGAUGACCCACUGGACACUUGUUAUCGGCUACUUCUGCCUUGCUUUCUUUAGAUGUCUUUUAAUGGGUCUCUGUGGUUUGUAUUUACUCUGUGAGGUAAAACUGUGAGACACUACUGUUACUGACAAAUACACACACACACACCAUACAAUUUAUAUUCUUGAAUGUACAAAAAUAAAAUCAAAAUACUCAAAAUGCACUUUAUGUAUUCU